CUCUUUAAUCCAUUUCCCCAUGUUUUUUGGUUUCCUUGUAGGACGCCAUCUUGACGAGACAUGGAUAGCAUACGUUGGCAGCAACUCUCAAACAAUGAUAAAAUGGCAGAAAGUCAGUACAGGGAUCCCAAGUGGUAGGUUUGGGCAUACAUGCGUUGCCAUUGGGAAUUAUGUCAUCCUCUUUGGAGGAAUCAAUGACCGUGGAGUCCGUCACAAUGACACAUGGGUUGGGCGAGUGCUAUCCACGGAGAAUAAUGUUGGCGGUGGUGGAAUCACAUUGUCGUGGCGACUGCUCGAUCUUGAUCUGGGUUCCUCCAGGGCGCCACCACCAAGGGGUGCUCAUGCUGCCUGUUGCUUCGAGAGGAAGAUGGUCAUCCAGGGAGGCAUAGGGCUUUAUGGCCUGAGGUUAGGCGACACAUGGGUUUUGGAACCAGCAGAAGACUUCUGUUCAGGAACAUGGCGCGAGCUACUGACUUAUCCAGCACCUCCACCGCGAUCAGGGCACUCGUUGUCCUGCAUUGGAGGAACCAAAAUGGUUCUCUUCGGAGGAAGAGGGCUGGGAUAUGAGGCCAUGGAUGACUUGUGGCUCCUGCAAAUAUCUGAAAGUGGUGAUCUCAUGUGGGUGCAGGUCAUGUAUGAGAAUCAGAAGGUGCCUGAAGGAGUGUCGCUGAGACGAGUUGGUCAUUCGGCUACCCCAAUCUUGGGAGGGCGGCUGCUGAUCCACGGAGGAGAAGAUUCACUAAGGCACAGAAAAGAUGACUUCUUGAUUCUGGACAUUGAGGCGGUUUUGCCUAUCAGAGAACAGCUGCCACCGCCGGCGUUGAAUACCAGGAGAUUGCAGCAGGCAUCGUCUAGUUUGUGGAAGAGGAUCAAUGUAAAGGGUCAUAAACCAAACCGUAGGUCAUUCCAUAGAGCUUGUGGAGAUCAAUCAGGGCGUUAUCUGUAUCUGUAUGGUGGGAUGGUGGAUGGUUUGCUUCAGCCUGGUGAAGCUGCUGGUUUGCGGUUUGAUGGGGAGCUCUUUGUUGUGGAACUUUUUCAGUAGCCUUGUAAAUCAUCAGAAAUAAGAAAGAAAAAGUAAUGAGAUCGCAUCGCCAACUUGCUCCAUCUACAGCAUUUGUGUUGUCCUAUGGUUGUGUUUUUUAUUCACUGCGCACCGAUCGACAUAAUAAAGAUCUCAUCAGGCCCUGUUUCUUGAUGUAGAAGUAAAAGAUGAAACCUUAAACCUCGCACAUAAAAUCUGAAUAUUGUAAUGGGAACUACAUGCUUGAUAAAACUGAACAAAAUUAUAGGAUUGUGUAACUUCUUGUUCUUCUCAGAAUGAAAACAAAUGAUAUUGAAAACACAUUUCUUCAAAUCGACAUUAAGGUAUGAAGUUGAACUCUAAAGAUUUCAGUUCCUACCUUCUAGAUUUAGAGGUGAACGAAACUGAAGAGAAGGCCGUGGAAAAAAUAUUCUACAGAAAGAAACGAUCACAACGACG